AUGAAAAUUGAAAAUACAACUGAAAAUAAUGUAGAGCUACUACUUCAAUGUAGAUGGCGUAAUUGUUAUCAAUCUUUUCCCAAUUAUAAUCGUUUACAUGUACACUUACUUGAAUGUCAUUUGAAUAAUGUACCUGAGUUUGUCUGUUUAUGGGAUUCUUGCCGAAACAAUAUAUUUCAAGAAAACAACCAGUUGUUGCGCCAUACACUUCUACAUACAUUUUUUGAAGAUUGCAUAGUAAAUACUACUAAACUUCUUAAAGCUCACUAUAAGGCAUGGAGUUUUGUAUGUUGUGGAAUAAGUUGUCAAAAACCGGCAUAUCUUCAACGAUCAACUGAAAAAUUCUUAUGGAAUCCUAUAAUUUUGAGCAGAGGCUUUGACUGUCAAUGGAAAGACUGUGACUACACUACGAAUUCAGCAUAUCUAUUCGUUGAACAUGUUAAGGAGCAUGAUUUUUCAAAUGACAAUAAUCAUGUGAAUGAUAAUGAUGAUGAUGAUGACAAUAGUAAUGCUAAACUGACUUGUUUAUGGCAAUCAACUAGUAUAGAUUCAUUCAUUAUCUCAGAUCAAUCUACUAUUUGUGGUUCUCUAAGCGGAUCUCGUUCACAUUUUCAUCGUCAUGUACGUCGUCAUACUGGUUUACCGCGCUACAUUUGUUCUAAAUGUAAUGUAUGCUUUACAGAGUUUGUUAAUUUCAAGGAGCAUUUUACAUGGAGUCUAGUGAAAGAUCAUCAAAAUGUGAUCCGAUUCAUUGAAACAGAUGAUAAUAGUGCCAAUUGUUCAAUAUUAUUGAAAUUAAUCAGUGAAUCCUCACCUUUUCCAAAACAUCUUGAAGGUACAUGUUUAUUUCAAUGCCCAACAUGUAUAAAAGUUUUUAUUACAAAAGAAGGUUGGACUUCUCAUAUACGUGAAUGUUCCAAAUCAUUAAAUAGAGAAACUCCAGUGAACACUGAGAAAUCGAAUUUAGUUUCAACUACUCGUAAACAUGUUUCUCAACCAUAUUUUAAAAUAGCUUCUUCAAUUGAUACAUUUUCAGAAGAAAACUACAAAUUUUAUUGUCAAGUUCAAGGUUGUUCUUAUCAAUCUACAAAAUUAUCCGCUUAUCGUUUUCAUUAUAGACGUUAUCAUUUAAGUAGUAAUCCGGAUGGUCUAUGGUAUUCUUGUCAUCUUUGUCCAACGUAUCAAGCUCGUAAACCAUGUACAAUUACACAUCAUUUAAAAUCGGUGCAUUCAUUCAAACCGCCUGAUGGAUGUUCACGUUUCACAUUCACUUUUGAUGAAUAUAGUCAAACUUAUCAGAUUACGAAAAUUAGCUCCAAAAAUUGUCGAGAAAGAGCUCAAUAUAAUGAUAAUAAUAAUAAUGCAAGUACUAAUGGUCCUCUAGCACCGGAGCUUGAUGAAAUUAUUGGAGAUUCGGAUGAAGAAAAUCAGUCGAAUGAAGAGUUGCUUACAUCUGCUGAAUUACUGAAACGUUUGUAUAAGAUAUGGCAAAAUGAAAAACUUGCUCCUGUCCUAUUAACUGCACAUUCUGACCUAUUAGGUCUUGUACAAGCUGAAGUGAAUCAAUUAGAAGCGGAAGCAAAAACUUUACCAGCUGGUGAUUUAAAAGCUCAAAUUAAACGAAUUCAAGUCGAACGAAUCCGAUUUAUCAUGGUUGAUUACAUGCGUAUUCGAAUGAAAAAGAUUGAACGAUUUUCUGAACAUAUUUUAACUGAAGAACGUUCGCGUAAUUCAAAUGAACCGCCACAUUUGACAGUGGAAGAAUAUCUUUUUGCGAAAUCAUAUUCAAAUAGUAUUCGAGAUUAUUUGAAAACUACAAUUAUUAAUCGUUUACCAGCUAAUAUGCAGUCUAUUAAAGAUGAAGAAUUAGCUUUUCAUCCAAAUCCAAACAGUUAUGUAUUUUGUCAAUCAUUGAAACGAAUUGAUUAUGUAGAAGUAUUUGAUUAUAGUUCAGAUGGGACUCAAAAUUCGGUAUCAUUGACCUUGGAACCUGGUGCUCAACAUCUCCUACCCUACAGUUGCAUUCGAUCGUAUGUGGAAAGUGGUGAUGUUAUCUUAAUCUGA